AUGUCUCAAACAGCCGUUCUUCCCUCGAAAACGUCAACCCGGUACACGUUGGGCGUCACGCUGGACGAGCAGGCAUCCCACGAAGUGGUCGCAAACGUAUUCGAAGACCCUUCGCUGUCGAACAGCCUAAAGACCGAGGCCUUGAAGGAUUUCCAGAAGCUCAGUAUCGAAAUCUGUAACAUUGACAAGGACUUUCAGGCCAUCAGCGGGAAGCUGCACAUUUUCGACGCACAGAAGUUCCUAGAUGUGAACGGCAACGUCUUGCCUCCGCUGCAGCCUCAGUGGAUUGGCCAUAAGGAGGUAAAAUUUAAGGAGCUCGUGAACGCGAGCCGUGCCAAUGCGAUCAAGGCCUCUAGCGUCUUAACCCAAUACACCACGACGGUGCUGUCCGAAUUCACGUGCGAGAUCUCCGAGAUACAGGCAGAGUUAGCUCAGCUCAUGAGUAAGGUCGCGACUGAGUCCGAGAAUGCCUACGCCGUGGAACGCAAUUUCAAGACGCUUUCGGAGGACUUGCACCUCUUCGCAGCGAUUGUGGACGAUGCGCUCAAGCGGGCAGAGUCAGCUCUUCAGGUUGCACCGAAGAAAGCACGGCGGGAGCUCGCACAGUUGAAGGAGGAUCUCAUGAUGAUCACCAUGAAGAUGUAUGGCAUGGGGGCAGUCUGUCUGGCUUAUGCCGCUGCUGGUGUCACGGCUGUGGCUCUGACCUUCAUCACGCUGAGUCCCGCAGCUUAUUACGCCGUCAUGGAACCCGCAAAGAAGGCAAAGGCGGCGGGGCAGGGGUUCAUCAGCGCAAGACAGAAUGCGACCGAUUUGAAGAGCAAGAUUCAGGCACAAUCGACGCUAUACGCUGACUUGAAGGCGCAGGCGCACGCGAAGCUCAAAGUCUUUCGAAAGGAGGCUUUGAAGGAUACCCCCAAGGAGAUAUGCACGCUAGCGGACAAGAUCAACGCCAUUUCCCGCACCUGGCAAGUGAUCAAGGCAGACAUGCAGAUGCUACAGGAGCGUUUGGAGUACGCCUCAUCGGGCAGUGCCGUCGCCAGCGUGUUCAAUGGGAAGCUGAGCGCCGUCCGGGACCUAUACCUGAAGCUUGCCGAAGUCCUAGAGGCAUACGGGAAGAAUGACUACGCGGUUUAG